UACUUGCUUACGCAAAUGACUUGCCGUUCUUUCAGCCCUGUGGUGACCUUCUUGCAACCGGAGGUGUAGAUUUUAAAAGUUUAAAGUUAAUUAACAAAUAACAAAGUCAUGGCUAUAUGUGUUAAAGCUCCUAUUUUGGGCUCGAAUUUAAUUAAAUAUGCACCACUUGCAGCUAAUCUCUUCAGCAGACAAAGCUCUUUUUGGUCACAUGUUGAAAUGGGACCACCUGAUGCAAUUUUGGGUAUAACUGAAGCAUACAAAAAAGAUACUAAUCCCAAAAAAGUUAAUUUAGGUGUUGGAGCUUAUCGUGAUGAUAGUGGAAAACCAUAUGUUUUAAAAUGUGUUAAAGCUGCAGAGCAAAAGCUUUUGUCACAGAACUUAGACAAAGAGUAUGCAGGUAUUGCUGGUAUUGCAGAUUUCUGUAAUGCGUCUGCGAAGCUAGCUUUUGGUGAAAGUAGUGUUGUGAUCAAAGAAAACCUGAAUGCUACUGUACAAGGAAUUUCAGGUACUGGGUCAUUAUAUGUGGGGGCAGUAUUUAUUGGAGAAUUUUUGAAAGGUAACAAAGAAAUCUAUAUGCCAACUCCUACUUGGGGGAACCAUAUACCUCUUUUUAGGAGAUGUGGUUUAGCUGUUAAACAAUAUCGAUAUUAUGAUCCUAAAACAUGCGGCUUUGAUUUUAAUGGAGCUCUUCAAGACAUAGCGAAAAUUCCUGAAAAUUCAGUUAUACUCCUUCAUGCCUGUGCACACAAUCCAACUGGUGUGGAUCCUAAGCCAGAGCAAUGGAAAGAAAUGUCUAAAGUAAUUAAGAGUCGCAAUCUUAUGGUUUUCUUUGACAUGGCUUAUCAAGGAUUUGCAUCUGGUAACUGUGACCGUGAUGCUCAAGCUGUUAGAAUGUUUAUUGAAGAUGGACACCGUAUUGCCUUAGCUCAGUCAUUUGCAAAGAAUAUGGGUCUAUAUGGUGAAAGAGUUGGUGCAUUCACCAUGGUUUGCGAUUCCAAAGAAGAAGCUCAAAGAGUGAUGUCACAAUUAAAAAUUCUUAUCAGGCCUACUUAUUCAAAUCCACCCGUUCAUGGUGCAAGAAUAGCUGGCUUAGUGUUAACUGAUCCAGAAUUAAACAAACAUUGGUUAGGAGAAGUAAAAGGAAUGGCUGAUCGUAUCAUAGGAAUGAGAACACGAUUGCGUGAAGGUUUAAAGAAGGAAGGGUCCACUAGAAAUUGGCAACAUAUUACAGAUCAAAUAGGAAUGUUCUGCUAUACUGGAAUGACUCAGGACCAGGUUGAAAAGCUUACUAAGGAAUAUAGUAUUUAUUUAACUAAAGAUGGACGCAUAUCUGUUGCUGGUGUCUGUUCUGGAAAUGUUGAUUACUUAGCCCAUGCUAUGCACCAAGUUACUAAAUAGAAAUGCCCUGUAAAACAAAGUCUAGAAACCCUGUGAAUAAUGGAGUGAGAAAAUUAUUUUUUGCUUCCUUAGCAAGACUUUUAGAAUGUAGCUUCUAUAACUAUGUCACAUACAAUUGUGCAAUCAUAGACAAAAUUACAAUCACAACCUUCUAAAUCAUUUGUAAAUAAAAAUUUAUGAAUUUUCAUAA